AUGAACUCAUCAACACAGCUCGGGAAACUGGCUUUUGAUUUGUUUGCCAAAGUUUUAGAAUGCAAUCGGUCAAACGGAAAUAACGAUCUGGAAAUCAAACAUCAUAAUGAUGAAAUCUAUGAAGAUGACGAAUUUUUAUUGUUGUUUAAUAUUCACCAAAUUAAAACGAAAAUUCUUUUCCGAAGCCAAAGUGUUCAUCUACUGCUGGAUCUACUAUUUAAACAUCUUUUAAUGGAAAUUGAACAACAAGAUGAUCAAAAUUUACCAUGUUCUGACCAGGAACAAAAGAUUCAACAAUUGCUGGAUCAAUUGAUGGAAAUUUCUUGGACUCAGCUUCAUACAGGUCAUUGGUCCGAUGUGUGUCCAGAAUGGAGAAGCCUAUUUGGACUGAUCAGUUUAUUACAUGUUGCAUUUAAUAUUUACAAAAGAUCAGAGCAUAUUUUGAAUGGUAACAAAGAAUUGGACCCUCAAUUCAUGAAACAAUUGUUGAAAAAGUGUGAUGAAGGCCUAAUGAUGGGAGAUGACACCUAUCGCCAAUAUAUUCAUAAUUUUGCAGACUCAAUUCAUGAUUUUUUGAUUGAAAAACUGGGAAUUCCUCCUUUAACAUGUGGAAAUGAUAAAAACAAAGAUGAUGAGAUGGAAAAUGAAGAGAACACUUCUUCCAAAAAAAGAAAAAAAGAAAACUAUCACAAGAUUUAA